AGGACGGUUUGUUUAAAUUUUAGUCAAUCAAAAUUGAUAUAAGGUUACAAUUACCAGGCGAGUGCACUCUGUCAGAUCUUUUAUUUUGAAAUGGGUUAACUUCCGUUAAGGCGUAAACUACCAACUGGUAAAAUUUUCUUGUAAUUGUAGGGGCUCUAUGCAGUUUUACGUAGCCGUUUGUGAACUAAGGAUAGUUUGCCAAUAAAGACAAAGUUUGGGUAGCUUAUCUUGUCAGAAUUUAUUGCUCUGUUCGAAUUUAGCUCCGUAAAGCGGAACUUGGCUGUUAAUCAUGGACUGGAUUGGCUUCAGCUAUGCUCUGUUUGUGUCAGCAGGAGGAGUCAUAGGUUAUGCUAAAGCAGGCAGCGUCACCUCUCUGGUCGCCGGUCUCCUGUUCGGCCUGUCGGCUGCUGUCGGGGCCUAUCUGGCGUCUCAGAAUCCCAGGAACGUGUGGCUUUCUCUGGGCACCGCGGGAACUUUAGCUGUGGUGAUGGGACUGAGGUUUCUGGACUCCCGGAAGUUCAUGCCGGCUGGUUUAAUGACUUUAGUGAGUGUGCUGAUGCUGGUGAAGAUCAUCGUUGGAAUGCUGAAGUUGAGACCACACAAAUCCUGAACUCAUUUAAACUUUGAAUAAUUUAGAAGCUGUGGAAGCUGUGAAACCCACAAACACGAAGGGAAGGAUGGAAGAAAGGACAGAGUGAAGGAUAGUCAAAAUGUAGGACACAAAGGAAGGAAGGAAACAAGGAAGGAAGGAAAGAAAAGGAGCAAAACAAAGUCAGAGCACAAGGAAUAAAGGAAGGAAGAACAAAGAAAGACAGAAGUUUAUGAGAAAGGACGCAAAGAAAAAAUGCAAAGGAUGGACACAACAUUUAGACAAAGGUAUAAGGAAUGAAAAACUGGAAAGGCAAAUAUUUCAACAUACUUAUCAAGACCACAAAAUACUGAAAUCCAAUUCCAGACUUUUCCAGACUCAGUAGGAACCCUGAGCCAGUUUUCUGCCCUGGAUCAUUAAGCUGCCCUUUCACACAGUGCCAAGAUGAAAAGUCAUCAGCACUGACCUUAGAAAAGCAAUUUUUGCUGACUACCAAUAUAAGAAGGGUUAAAAGGUCAUUUCCAAACAAUUCAAAGUCCAUCAUGCUACGGUUAAAAAGAUGAUUCACAUUUGAAAAAAAACAAAACAAUUGCUAAUCCUUCAAAGGGGUGGAUAUCCCUGCAAAUUCAUCCCAAGGCCAGGACUGUGCAAUACUCACAAACACACAAAAGCUCCACUUCAGACUCCACAGUGGUGAAGGGAUGAUGAUUUGGGCUUGUUUGCAGCCAAAGGACACCUCACUCAACCAUGUCAUCUUCUAUAUACCAAAGUAUUUAAGGGUAAAAUGUUAAAACCAUCAUUCCGACAGCUGAAUCUGAAAACCGGUUCAUGCAAGCAAUUAAUCAAUGCUGUGUAGGUCAAAAGUCUUCUACAACGAUGUGGGAGACAAAUAGUCAUACUACAUGCAACAUGCAUGUACUUACUUUCUCACACAUCAGGUUUUUAUUUUGAUUUAGUUUUUAUAGUGAAAUAAUUUUAUAACCAGGUACAUAUAAUUUUUUUUACUAGAGUUUAAAUAAAACUCUAGAAUUGUGUACUUUCUUUCAAUCAUGAUCGCAUAACUAAACAAUUUGUAGAAAAAGAAACUCCUGCACAAAAUCUUUGUUCGGUCGGAGCUUGCUGAAGGGCUACCAGUUGCCACCAGGACUAUCGGUAGCCUCCAUAUUUGGCGGUCGAGUCCACUCGUCCGUGCACAAGCUGGAGGUUUGUGCUCCUGGAGGGACCCGACCUUCCUAUAGCGCUGGGUCCAAGUAUCUGAGGAUGCAGGGACCUGUUCCUCCAUCACUCCAACGCUAAAUGAACAACAAACAGAAGGUAUUACUGAAAACUUGUAUUCUUUGCCGAUUAUUUGUACCUUCAUUAGAAGAUGAGGCUUGGUUUAAGUGCAGUCUGCUUGCAGAUGUUUUGGUUUUAUGGUCAGUUCUAAGAUCAGCCGUCGGUGACAGAUCCACUAAAGCAGGAGCAAAAGGAUAGAGAUAAAAAAAUAUAUUUUCUAACUCAGUUUACAAACAAAAAACCCUGAUCCUCUGAUUUAUUUGGUGACUCAACAGCUGAAGUGACUUCUAUGGGUGCCAGAAUGAUCUUCUGCCUGUCUGCUCCUAUCUCUGCCUUCUGCAAAGGGUACUCAAACGUCUUGGGGUUGAUCUGAAACGAAUCUGACAAAAACACAAAAUAAAAUUAGCCUUAGUUUUAUAGUCGACCUGCUGAUUUUACCAGAAACAUUCUAAAACAGGAUACCUUUAGAAACCUGACGAUUCUCUGGACUCCUUUCUUUGAGAGGCUGCAUAUGGACAAUAUUAGGAAGAAUUUAAUCUGAAAUCAAAUCACAAACAAGGUAGGAGGAUAAAAUGGUUCAUUUAAAGCUUUACCAGUGAGAAAAAACAUGUUUUUGUGCCAAAGCUAUAAAUGCAGGUUUAGUAUAGACCAAAAUGUUAAAAACUCUUAAGAGGAAAGGUAUUCACACCCCUUGAACCUUUUAACAUUUUGUCAUGUUUUAACUACAUACUUUCAAAUUGUAUUGGGAUUUUAUGUGAUUGAAAAUUGUGAAGCUCAAGGAAAAAGAUAAAUGGUUUUUAAGAUUUUUUUUCCAAAAGAAAUCUUUUAGGUGUGCUGUUGA